AUGACGUCCUCUUUCAUUGCGUGUAUAUUGUUUAUCUGUCAGUUUACCGUUGUGUGGUCCUUGUAAUAUAAUAAAGUCUAUUAUUUUUGAUGAAAAAGGCAACGGCCAUUGAGCGAUAUCUUCUGAUAUUGCUGUAUUUGGGGAUGAUUCGGUUGUUACUGCCACAGGUGGUGAAGAAGCAUCAUGAGAAUCUUGAACAUUUGGAACAAUUUCAGAAAUUGCUGGUAUAGAGCUUUCUUUUGAUUGGCAAAAACAAGAUUUUUCUCCGAUUUUAAGAUAUUUAGCAAGUGGCUGUUCUUCAGAAAUGGAUCCGCCAGGGCUAGAACAGGGAAUGGAGUUCCCGAAAAAUCCCCUACUUUGUCCGAUCUGUCACGAUUAUUUCACGGAACCCUGCAUAUUGAGUUGCUACCACACGUUUUGUGCCAGAUGUCUGAGAGGGAGAGAGCAAGAUAGGAAACUCGUCUGUCCAUUUUGCAGGCAACCAACGAUGCUGAAAGAUGGAACUUUCCUACCACCACCUGACACCCUUAUGAGACAGUUAAUAGAUAUUGCAAAUAGUGAGAAUCCUCCCUGCUGUAACUGCGAUAAGAGAGACCGAGCAAAUAUGUAUUACUGUAAUACAUGUAGUCAAGCUUUAUGCGCUCACUGCCGCGAUAAUACCCAUCGAGCAAAAAUGUUUGCCAGCCACGAAGUUGUUCAUAUGACAAAGUGUCAAAAGGAGCCAAAAAGAUGUCCGCAUCAUGGAGAACAUUACAUAAUGUACUCGACUCUCCAAAACACGAUGUUAUGCGUCAAUUGUUUCCGCGAACUGCCACCCGAUGCAAGAAACCAAUGCGUCGACAUCGAUACUGCCCACACUCAAGCCGCCAAACGAUUGGAGAGGGGCCAAAAUGCUAUUAUGGAUCUGCAAACCUCCGUUCGUGAUGGUAUAAUAGCCUUGAAAGGUUUGAUGGACGAACUUAGAAGGAACAUGGAUGCGGAGAAGCAUACUAUUAACACUUUCUGCCAAGGAAUGCAAGAAGCUAUGGCUAAAACGCACGCCACUAUGAUUAUGGAAGUGCAAAGACAGUAUGAUAGUAAAGAGAGGAUAUAUCGGAGUCAGUUGUUAUUGCUUGGAACUGUAAUGCCCGUUCUCCAGCUACACUUAGUCCUAUGUACGACUUUUACUGCCGCUGCCAAUAAGUACCAGUUCCUUGAACUAUCGCCUUCGUUAAUAGAUAGACUGUCGGCCGUAGGAAAUCUUAGUCAGCCAGUAAGAUCUUUGCAAUCAUCUCAAAUCAAGACCAAUUACAGAAGUGAAUUUGCGCAAAGUUUAGAGCCUUGGAUCGGACCUGCGGCUGUAUCUCAACAUCAGUCAGAAUUAGCUGCUGCAUCAAGACUCUACGAUACUGCCCCGCCGGCUACUAAAAAACAGCAGACCUCCUUAAAGACGAAAAUUCUGGAAGGGGAUUCGUCGUUUUCUGCCCAUUGCCGCUCCUUUGAAUCUCAGAUUCGCGAAUUGAAUCAGCAAUUUAACAAAGUGAAAGAAAAAGUUACCGAACUACAUAAGGAUAUUAAUGCAAUCAGAAAAGCCCAGACUCCUCCGUUGACAGCAAGGUAUGAAAUGUUGGUGCGAGAAUGCUUGCAUCUGGAUCAAACAUUGGAAAGGCAACAACAAGAAUUAGACCGAAUGGCUACAGCUUUCGAUCAAUCAUGGGAAGAACAGCUCUGGAGGCUGAGAGUGGAACAAGAAGUAUUUAGCUGUCAAAGGGCCGACGUAAACACUUUAAGGAACGAGCUAAAGCAUCUUAGUCAGGUGGCAACCCAGCUAGAGCCUUACAUUAGAACUCUUACUCCCUCCGGAGGUCUGGGUGGAGCUGGUGCACAGUCCUCGACGACAGAAAGGUCUCAAGAGGCUCAACAAUCUGGAGAUCAAGCGCAACAGAUUGCAAGUCUACUAGAAACCAUGGGAAUUUUACAAUACUCAGAUCCAAGUGCCGGAUCCAAAAUCCCGCGGUCACGCAGCCGCGUACUGGGUCAACUUCUCGAAAAGGUGCGACCGAGUGUACAAGAACGAGAACGGAGCAAAUCCGCCGGCCAAUCCGAAAAGCCCACGUCCGCCACUCCCGUGCCUAAAACUCCUAAGAAAGCGUUUUGUGCCAGUUCGACCCAGAUGAACGUUGAUAGUGUUUCACGAUUUGAAGCCCAGAUUCGAGAAAAGUUACACGACAUAAUGUGCAGAAGACAAAGUACGCAACCCUCUUCAAAAUCAGAUACUGAAAUGGAUAAGAAACUGAAGCAAGAAGAUAGAAAACUGAGUAAGGCUGAAGUAGAGGGGAUAUUAAAGCAAGCCAACACAUGUAAACUCUCAACCAAGCAAAAAAUCCUUUACAAAAAAAUCGGCAAAAGCUGUGAUAAGAUUAACGCAAUGGCCGAAAAAAGGUGUAAAUCAAUGGAAUCGGAGUAUCAGAGAAUUUCCGAUGCGACUUCCCAAAAACUGCCUAUCAAAGAAACUAGUCGUUCCAGUCCGAGCAGUCCAAAGUGUAAGAAUAAGAUUGCUAAAUCUCAGCAGCAAAGCAAAUCGAGCAAAAAGAAGGUUUAUCCAUAUAGCGAUGGCGAAGACAACAUUUUCUAUUCUUUUCACGAUUCGAACGAUUCUCUAUCUACUUCAUCUCGGCGCUCUAGUCUCGAUGCUGCCGCUACUGCGGAAACUGUUGGUCCAGAUAAGACUCUUGUAGUCGUUAUUAACAGGAGACAAAAAGGAGCGAGUCAGCAAACUUUGGCACAAAAACAGCGUAGCUGGGAAACCUUUCCACCAAAACAUAAGAGACAUCACGUGUGCCAAGCUAAAUUGAGCGCACCGCCGCAAACUUCCACACUUAAAAAGACUGACAGUUUUGAAGAAUAUACGUUCUAGGGCACGAAGAGGCGGUUCGAAGCCUGGUAGCUGCAGUCCAAGAGACGAGACGAAAACCGAAAGGUAGCAAUUAACAGAGCCUUUCGGAAGAACGAAUAUCGGAUUAUAUCGGGUUUUUAGCAUUGGCUGCCUAUUUGAAAAAAAGACGAAAAACGAACCCUAUUUAGAACGACAUUUGCGUACAAGCUUAUUUAAUUUAAAAUCUACUAGAAUACUAAAUUUUGUCUUAUAUUUUAUUUAUAUUUGUCUUAUGCGAUUUCAUAAAAAAGAAAUUUUAACAAGUUAAGUGCCAUGUAAACCUAAGGGUGUGUCCCCGUUCUCACUUAACUGUACCACUUUCUUUUUUUACGUAACGAAAAAUUAUAGCUCUUUACUUGAUCGGA